AUGAAAGAGAACAUUUGGCAUAUUCAUGUUCGCCACGGAUGCCGUGUCCACGUUCUUGCACCAAAGGAUGGCGACGGUCUUAACCGUAAGGUUCUCCUGUCGGGCUCAGAGCGUGCAGUUGAGGUCGCCGAGGACAACAUCAAACAAUCGCAAAGUCUGCAAACAAACGGAGAUCCCCUCAUCGAAAUUCAGAGGCCUACAGUUUCUGUUCUGAGCUCUAGGGAUGCCUUGAAUCGCAAAAAACUCCCGAUCCCGGUGAUCCGUGGGGUCUGGACUUUCCCUAAGCCCAAGAAAGAGCACUUAACUUUGGAUGAAGUCAUCAAAGCUGGCCCGUCUUUUGGUACUGUCAAAGAGUUUGCUGAGCAUAUUGAAGACUUGGUCAAUACCCACAGACUGAAAUCGAUUGAGAGAGCUCAGGAUAAAGUUGACGUGGCUCCGGAGGAGCAGAUCGCGAAACGCAUUGUACAGCUAUUUGGCGGAGAUACAAACCAAAAGGUCAUCUCGACUGCGGCAUUGAACAGCGCUCUGGAGUUCCUAUUCAAGCAUGAAUUCCUCAAACCUGCUCGAGAUAUCUUUAAUCGAGGCGUGCAAUUUGCAACAGCGGACACAUACAAUAUCUUGCUGCGGUCGGCGGCGCGGCGUCAGGAUAAACGAAUGUUCCAACUUUUCCUGCAAAACAUGUCUCAACAGCAAAUUCAACCCAAUGCCGACACAUGGCUGGCGUUGCUGGAAGCCAUGCUUACUUCCAAGACCAAGUCUUAUAUCAUUAAGGAUAUGGCGAAGAAAGGCUAUAUGAAAGACAUUAACACUGUUCGCGGAGCUCUUCAGCUCACAAUCUCGGAUUCAUUCCUCGUACAUUUGGAUGGUGGCCGAAAUGUGCAUAGCUUUUUUGAUUUAAUGAUGAAGACUAAUGGUGCAGACUGGUUUAGUCCGUCGUUACUUGGCCAGCUGUUCAAUGUGGUUUCUCGAACCAAAAACUUUAAUGCCAUGGACGAGCUUCUGGACAUUUGCAUUCAGAAUCAGCUUGAGCUAAACGGAUCUUGUCUUACGCAAGUAUUGCACAUGGUUGAAGAUGAUAUUCACUCCGCCCUUGAAUAUACGCACAAGUUUCUCGAAAGCCGUCAAUUCAAAAUGGAUAGCCGAGCGUUCGAAAAAUUGUUUUUGAUUGCAUUCCAAGGCCACAACUACAAUAUUUGCCGGGUGCUGUGGCACUAUGCCUGUAUGGAACAAGCUGUGACUUUCAGGAUGCGUUCGACAGUCUUAAACUCUUUCGUUCGCAAUACGUCUGUCAAGAAUGGCUCUGAGGAUAUCAGCAACAUAUGGCAACUCUCUGCUGGCAAGGUGAUUGUCCGAAACAACUUGCGCAACGCCUGUCAGCCCAAAGACUUUCCCAUUAAUGAACUUUCUUCUGAAUUCUGGGAGCAUCCCUUCCUCUAUCUGCUCUCUGGAUUUAAACCGAAAGGGCCAGAACGAGCCCUUCAACUCCGUCUGGCGAAAGCGUUCGUCGAUCAUGAUAUCCAACUUGGGUCCAACGACUAUCAGCCUAAGUAUUCUCUGGCUAUCAUGUUGGAGGCAGCGGUUAUCAUGGAUCGGGAAUGGGAAAAUAAACCAAGGCCCUUGACAUGGAUGCUGCAAAAUGCCAUUGAAAUCCCAAUUAGGACGCGUGACUGA